GAUUCAACAAUUGGUAUAGGUCCAGAAUUAGCUCAUGUUGUAAUUCGUAUCCAUGGCAUUUGUGUCAAUUCUGCUUCAGUAGAACGAUUAUGGUCAAAUAUAAUAAGUGAUGAUGAAAAUGAAGAAAUUAGUGAAAAUGUAAAUAAUGAUGAUACUAGAAAAGAAUUAAUUAUUCAAAGUGAAGAACAAAAUGAAGAUGAAUGUUUUUUAUCAUCAGAAUGGAAUAAUGAUUUUGAUUCUACAGGCCGAAAUAUGCAUCUUGCUGAUGAUAAAAUAGCUAAAUAA